UCCAAACUGUUAAAGUUAUGCAAAGAAGAAACUAAAGCCAGGUGGGAUGCUUUGCAUGUUGUUAAAAAAAAACGCCUUGUUGUUUUCCCACAUUAACUACAGGUUAUCAGGAACUGAUAACAAAUAAGGAACACAUAUGUUGCUUUUACAAAAGCAGAAUCAUUUGUGUUUAUCAGCCUUUUGUUUAGGAACUCUUUGACAGCAGAUUCAUCUGAAACAAUAAAUAAAUACGCUAAUAAUAAGUUAAUAACGUGCAUACGCGUCUUUUUCAAUUUGUAUUCAUAUCCUGAAGAUAACACGUUCUUUAUGUUUUGACUGACAGCUAUAAAAGACUACUACUUUUAAAAAAAAGUGCUAUAUAACAUUUUAUGCCGUGUGGCUUUUUAUUUAAUUUGUGCAUUCAAAUAUGCAAAUCUUUCACGUGUUUUAUUUUGAAGGGACUUUCUCCUUUUUCUACCCUCUAUAUAAAAGAGGAUUAAGUCAAAUUUAGACUGUCAGCCUCACCUGCUGGAGGAGACUGAACACUGCAGUUUCCUUAAACCAAACAGUAAAUGAAGUAAAUGAAUCAGGCCAGUAAUACUCAGUGUCCCAGAGCGCCAACAAACUGGCAUUUCACUUUGCGAUUUGUCACGUGUUUUGGAAAUACUGAAUGAAAUGAACCCGCACUAGGACAUGAAUCUGUUGGAGAAGUUUCUUUGUUAAAAUCAGCUCAGCGGCCUGAUUUCUUUUUGAGCAACUCCACGUAAGCUUCGACGACAACAUAACUGGAACACUGUGUGGCUGUAAAGAGUUCCUGAUCUGAGGCUGAGGACACAGCGGUCUGCCUGGGAGCUGGACUUUAAGGAAGUGCUACUUCACUGACAGUGCAAACUCUCUUUUAGUAGGCCUUAACUUUGGAAACCAUGGCUGUCAGUACCCAUGAGCCCCAGCUGACGGAUUCUGAUAUGGACUAUGAGAGACCAAACGUUGAAACUAUCAAGUGUGUGGUGGUAGGAGACAAUGCAGUUGGGAAGACCCGCCUCAUCUGCGCCCGGGCUUGCAAUGCCACCCUGACUCAGUACCAGUUACUCGCCACACAUGUACCCACGGUCUGGGCAAUUGACCAAUACAGAGUAUGCCAGGAGGUUUUAGAGCGCUCAAGAGAUGUUGUGGAUGAUGUCAGCGUGUCACUCCGGCUUUGGGAUACUUUUGGAGACCAUCAUAAGGACCGGCGUUUUGCAUAUGGCAGGUCUGAUGUUGUGGUCUUGUGCUUCUCAAUCGCCAAUCCCAACUCUCUGUACCAUGUGAAGACUAUGUGGUACCCUGAGAUCAAACACUUCUGUCCCCGUGCUCCUGUCAUCUUGGUAGGCUGUCAGCUGGACCUGCGCUAUGCUGACCUGGAGGCAGUGAACAGGGCACGGAGGCCUUUAGCUAGACCAAUAAAAUCCAGUGAGAUUCUUCCUCCAGAAAGAGGCCGGGAGGUGGCCAAAGAGCUGGGAGUACCAUAUUAUGAAACCAGUGUUGUUGCUCAGUUUGGAGUCAAGGACGUCUUUGAUAACGCCAUCCGAGCUGCGCUCAUUUCACGCCGCCACCUGCAGUUUUGGAAAUCUCACCUCAGAAAUGUCCAGCGACCUCUCCUUCAGGCACCCUUCUUGCCACCAAAACCUCCCCCACCUAUAAUCACUGUGCCACCUCCCCCUACCACCACAGAGGAGCAUCCAGCCGGUCUUCUCGAGGACCCACACUGUGCUGAUGUCAUCCUGGUCCUGCAGGAGCGACAAAAGAUUUUCGCACACAAGAUAUACCUGGCGACAUCCUCUUCAAAGUUCUACGACCUCUUUAUUAUGGACAUGCAAAAUGAGGAGAUCGAAAAGCCCCCUCGGGGUCCGAUCUCUGGGCGAGAGCUGCUGAUGCGUGCCGCAAGCUUUGAUGUUUGUGAGAGCAGCGAUGAUGGCGACAGGGCCAACCUGAGGGCCUGCACUAGUGACGGGACCUUGAAAGACUCCGAGGUCGCCCGGCGGGGCAGACUGCUCUCCUCGUGGAGCCGAGCCUUUGUCAGCAUUCAGGAAGAGCUUGUGGAUGACCCCAUAACGUACAGCCCCAGGCCUAUGACUGUAGUCCACAUGGACCAGUCCAUGCAGCUCGGUCCUUUUCGAGCAGUACUUCGCUACUUGUACACUGGCCAGCUAGACGAGAAUGAAAAAGAGCUAAUGCACAUUGCUCACAUCGCUGAGCUGCUGGAGGUCUUUGACCUGCGGAUGAUGGUGGCAAACAUACUCAACAAUGAAGCCUUCAUGAACCAAGAAAUCACCAAAGCCUUCCAUGUGCGGCGGACAAACAGAGUCAAAGAGUGCUUGGCCAAAGGCACUUUUUCUGAUGUAGUUUUCAAGCUAGAUGAUGGGACGAUCAUGGCCCACAAGCCUUUACUCAUCUCUAGUUGUGACUGGAUGGCCGCUAUGUUUGGCGGGCCUUUUGUUGAGAGCUGCACCAAAGAGGUGCUGUUCCCCAACACAACUCGCAGCUGUAUGAGGGCUGUGCUAGAAUAUCUGUACACGGGCCGCUUUUGUUCUCGCUCAGAUCUGGAUGCAAUGGAGCUCAUUGUUCUUGCCAAUCGACUUUGCCUCCCCCACCUGGUUGCACUUACAGAACUCUACACAGUAACAGUGCUGACGGAGGCGGCGAUGAUGGGGGCUGACAUCGAUGGAGAUGUGCUGGUGUACUUGGAUAUGGCCCAGUUCCACGGUGCCCAGCAGCUCACUGGCUGGUGUCUUCACCACAUCUGUACCAACUACAACAGCAUCUGCCGCAAAUUUCCCAGAGAUAUGAAGGCCAAGUCUGCAGAGAACCAAGAAUACUUUGAGAAACAUCGCUGGCCGCCGGUGUGGUACCUGAAAGAAGACGACCACUACCAAAGGGCACGCAAAGAGCGCGACAAGGAGGACUACCUGUACCAGAGGAGGCAGUGUAAACGCAAGUGGCUCUUCUGGAACCUUCCUUCUUCCCCUAACUCGAACUCUCCAUCUUCUGGCUCAUCUGCAGUCAUCUGACGGAGUGGUAAAGACAGGCCCACUCUGCAGCGCGUCAGUGUGGAUGCAAGCUGUAAAAGCUCCAGUCAAACAUAAGCGCUGCUGGCUAGAUACGCCCCAAUUAUUCAGGCACACAGUUACAUUUACUGUUUGCUUACCUCUGCAGUCAAACAGCACCCCAGGUUUCCAAGCUCAGCUCAGUCUAGCGGUCAAAGUAAUGAGUUUUGUUUCUUAGAUUUUUAGCUUGUUAUACGCGAGACUCAAAUCUCAGUGACAUGAACCUUACUGACAAACGGUACAGUGUAUCUGGCGCAAAUAUCAGCUCACGUGGAUUGUUGUGCGUUCUGCCGCCCGAGUUUUAAGUUUUAAAAACAGGACUCUGCUGGCACAGAACCUUUCACCUGUGGUCACAGUUGUCAUCAGUUACCUUGAACUGAUAACCAAGUGCUGCUUAUCAGCUGCAACAACCAGCAAUUCAACACAGAAUUUAAGUCUCAGAGAUAUAACACUUUGCCCUUAAGUGUUUUUACAAUCUACCAAACUAUGUGUACAGUAUGAGCUCAUCAACAGGAUGUAACAAUAGCAUGGCCUACCUGGAAACAGUUACUCCAAUCAUGCCUGUUAUUAUCGUGGAUGCAUAAGUGAUAAAAUACUGGCAACUUCUACUCAUGUAUAUUUUUGUACAGUCGUUCUAUUUUUGAAUGUUUGUGUACAGCUUGCAUAGCUGAAGGCGAUGCAAGCCCGGACACAAUCAACUUGUGAUUUGUGUCCUCUUGUCACAAAAGGGCUGUCGUUUACAUGAAUUGAUUCAGUGUCCGGAGACACAAGAGAUCCAAAUCAGAGAAAGAAUCAGUCUUUUCCGUAAAAUGCCAGCAAAAACAAACCAGAUCAAUAAUAUUUACUACGUGUCGUUCGCUGAGGAUUUUUAUCAGUUCUUCACUGAAGGAUUCCGUCAGUUUCCUACAAAGCAGCAUUUCUGGAGCCGAAGAGACCACGUGGACUCUGUGACAGCGAUGUGUAUCUCUCUCUCUCUCUGGUGGUGAUUUAGCCUUUAGAGAUUGAUCUUAGUUGAUUAGAGGUUGCAGUGGGAUAUGUAAGACUCGCGCAUGCAUGAGGCCUCCUCACGGCCCUUCAUGUGAAGUCAUCAGUACAUCUUCUACACACCCAGCACUUUCUGGACUCUUCUCUGCAGAGACAAACACACACACAAGAACCUCCAGUAUUGGCAUCCUUUUGAACAGCGUUAAGGACAGUAUGGCAUCAUGACACACUCAAGCAGAUCUUCAUUAUUUCUUUUAAAGGAACUGGGAACUGGCUGCAUUGCUAAGAUGUUCAAAAUGUGUCCAAAACAGUUGUGAAGAGGUUUCAAUCAAAUCAUUUUUCUUGAUUUGUUUCGCACGCCUCACAGUAUACGUUCAGAGCUGUCAUCUACUGUUGUACUUGACUGUCAGAAGGGCUGCAGCAUUUCGAUCAGCAGUCACGGCGCUCAGCGAAGAUGGGUAGUACUGUAAAUUGUAAAAAAAAUAUCAACUGCAAGUAACUUGCAUCACUCUAAUGUGCUGUUACCUAAAAAUGUGCACUGCAGGCAGUGAGCAGAAUUAUACAGUAUUACUGAGUAAUACACACACUGAAUACAGACUUGACUUAUCUGACUUGCAUUUAGUUACUGUGCAGCUACAAACUGUUGUUUAAUACUCAUUGUGCUUACCUCCAUUAUAUAUCUUACUAUACAUAGAAUUUACAGGCGGUUCAAAUAUACAGUUGACUACUAGCAAAAUAGGAUAGUAAAGUAGACACAUUGCAUUAUAAAGAUCUACAUUCAUAAAACAUGCUAAUGCUAUGUAAAAGAAUCAGUUCCAGCAUUUGCUUUUCAGGCUUGCUUUAAUCCAUUAUGAUCAUUCUUUUCAACAGCAUUUUUAAGUACACAUAAUUAGAGCCAAGAAAAGAGUUUAAAAUAAUUAAGUGGUAAGGCUAAAUGUAUUGCUUGUAUUAAUUCCUUGAGUAAUAACUACACUGCAUGAACAGAGCCCCGCCAAAAUAGAUGACAUUAAUUUGCAGUCGUUUAAAAAUGUAAGGCAUAUCAGAGUGGUGGUUCUGGUGUUCGAAGCGGUAUCUUUAAAUUGCUCUCUUUUAUGUUAAAACAUCUGUUGUUAAGCAAAGAAAAAAUUGAGAACUUUCAUUUUUAGGUAUUUUAAUCAGCAGCAUAAAUGACAGCAAACACCAGAAGGCUGAUGACCCUCCGAUUUUAUUCUAAUUCUGAAUGUUUUUAAGUGCUCAAUUAUUUGAGUAAUAGAUAGUGUUUAGUUAACUCAAAAUACAGUUUAGUGUACUUUAGCAGCAGGAGGGUCUAUAUUGCUAUAGCUCGCCUUGAUGGUAGGACUGAUGAAGUUCAUAGACAUGGUUUCCAUUCCUCAGUGCAUCGCAUUUCUCAGCGAAUCUUCUACUGUUUUGCAUCAAGAACACCUCAUGCCUUAAUGUACAGUGUACUGUAGUGUGUGCUAUUGAAUGUAAAGUAGUGUUACUGUGGUCACUAGUUUGUUUGCUAUAUCGUAAGCUACUAUGGUGCUCUCUAGGCUGUGUGUGUAUCUAUAAAUGUACAUAAUCCAUAAUUUGGAUAUAAAGCAAUCAGUCAGUGUGUGAUUCAAGGAGUCCAGUGAGUGUGUGUCAAUUUGAACACUGCUAAAGGUUUAUGAUUUUGGUUUUUUUAAAGCUGAAAGACAAGAUUAAAGACUCUGGCUAUUAAGGCCACACUAGACUAAUGACAAACCAUCGAAUUUGUGACAUUAACCAUGAAAUUAAUGCAGGGAUUUCAAAAUUUCGUUUCAUUAUUUUAAAGUUUCUUUAUGUACUCCACUGAGCUCCAAUUUCUGAGACUGCAUAGUAGCAAAAUGCUAAGAUAGUGUGGACACUGGAAGCUAGAUGCUAACUCAAAAUGUAAAUAUAUAUAUUUGACUUCUGCAAGUCGAACUCGACAUGGCAAUCGAUACAAGCUAUUGCAUAGGUUAACAUACAUACUGUUUUGUACUAUGCAUACUGAAAUGUCUGACUUUGAAAGUAUAAACUUGCACUGCUUUGUAGCACCGGGUUCUCUUCAAAUUGCAUUAAAGGGUACUGCAACAUCAUUAGAUGAAGAAGUAGACAACAUCAGGUUAAAAAAAGAAGAAAAAUAAGAUCAUGAAUUUUAAAUUAGUUACUACUGGGGGCCCUCUUCCAUUUGUUUGGGUGCUAAUAUCACAGCUGCAGAGAAGCACAAACCAAAGGGAGCUUUAGCAGCACCAGGAAUAUAUAUUAUAUGCUGCACAAUCACUACUGCAUAGUUUAAGAGGCCUUGAUCAGAAAUUGUUGAAAAUUAAAUAAAAUUAAAAAAA